AUGACGGGCGGGACGCAGGGGGGCGGCCCGCCCAGGAUCAAAAUCAAGCUCCCCAUCAAGACUAAGCAGCAGCCCCCGCCCGGCGACGCCGGCGCCGCAGCCCCUCUGGCCGCCCCGCCGCCCUCCGCGUUCGCCGCGCCCGCCGGACACGCGCCGUUCGCCGAACCGCCGCAGCACGCAGCCCCGCGCCUCAAGCUGCGGCUGCCGCCGCUGACGGACGCAGCCGGCCGCGCGCGGCGGCACGCGCCCGGCGGCGACGGCGGCGACGGGGCCCCUCGCCCCUCCUCCGUGUCCCCGCCCCCGAGGCCGCAGCAGCAGCAGCAACAGCAGUACGCCGCGCCCUACAGCGCUGCCCCGGCGCAGCUGCUGCCGCCGGAGCUGCUGAUGUCAGCGUCGGCGCCCGCCCAGCUGCCGGGCCUCGACGGCCUGCACGCCAUCCCCCUCGGCGCCAUACCCCUCGACGCCAUCCCCUUCGGCGCCAUCCCGCUCGGCGCGCUCCCGCUGGCCGCGGCCGCGUCCGCGCCGGCCGCGGCCCCGCCCCGGGCCGCGAAGAAGAAGGCGCCCGCGGCGCCGCGGCGCCGGCAGCGCGCGGGCAGCGACCCCGAUUUUGAGGAGGAGGUCGCGGCCUGGGCGGGGGACGAUCAGGAAGAUGAGGACUUUGUAUUGGAUAUGAACAUUACGGAUGACGACGAUGACGACGAUCUGCCGAUGGAUAGCGACGACUCGGAGGACGGCGGCCGGCGGCGGCGGCGGGGCAAGGGCGGCGGCGGCGGCGGCGGCGGCAAGAAGGGCGGCCGGCGCGGCCGCGGCGGCGGCGACGACCUCGGUUGGGGCGCGGCGGACGGGGAGUAUGUGAACCCCCUGGAUCUGGAUUUCGAGCAGCUUGAUAGGGAGGCGGCGGCGGCGGCCGCGGAGGCGGCGGCCAAGCCGAAAGCGCCCAAAGCGCCGCGGCCGCCGAAGCCCAAGCGCGAGGAGAGCGAGGGCGCGGGGGCGGCGGCGGCGGCGGGGCCGGCGGAAGGCGGGCGGGCGGAAGAGGGCGCGGAAGCGAGCGGCGGUGUUGCGGCGGCUCCGCCGCCGGAGAGGAAGCGGCCGGCCAAGGCGGCCGACGGCGGCGGCGGCGGCGAUUACGCGCCGAGCAGCGACGAGGAUUACGAGAUGGACCUGGCUAUGGAGGACAACGAGGAGGACGAGGACUUUGACGUGGUGCUGGAGGUGGGUGAUCUGAUCUGA